AUGAAAAGAUUUUUUACUUAAAUACUUGGAUUUUUUCUAAGUUUUUAAGUAUUUUUAGCAGAUAGAAAUAUACAGUUAGUUUCAUAAGAAUAAAAUAACCUAAAUACCUACAGUAAAUAGACAGAUAUGUGUUAUGAUGCUUAUGGAGUAUUUGUUUAACCAUUCUAUAGCAAAUUUUUUUGCACUGAUGUACACCCAACAACAGCUACCAACUCAUCUAUACCAGUUUUUGACAUAAGUAAUUUACCUCCUCACUUCAAAAGAGAUUUAAGGAUAGAACUUUACAGCGUUAAAUAUUCAGGGCUAUCAGCUUCAUUCAAAUUAGAUAAUUUAAGUCCUAUUCCAUAUACUUUUAAUAUUAAUGGUGAUGAAAGACUUAAAUUACCUUGCUAGAGAAAUAGCUCAGAUCCUGUAGCUUAAGAUGGAGAUUUCUAUUAUAAUUUUAACAUCAAUACUACUACUAUUCCUUCUAUGAAUACUUACACCAUUUUCUCUAUUAUCGAGACUUCUUAAGGUUGUACUUAAUCGUAUCUGAGAAUUAAAGCUAUUUAGUAUAAUGUAGAAAAUUGUGAUAAUACAUGUUUGUAAUGCUCAGGAACAUCAACUAGCUGCACAAAAUGUGAUGCAACUUGUUCAACUCUUCAAAGCUCAAGUUGUAUUUUAAAUAAUAGCAAUUAUAUUUUACAAGAAGGUAAAUGUGUAACAAAUUGUUCAUCUCCUCAUUUUAAUAUAAAUGGAAAAUGUGUAUGGAUUCCUAAUUGUUCAUCAGUAACAUCAGGAAGUAUUUAUUGUACUUCUUGUUAAAAUGGAUUUUUGCCAAUGUAAACAAAUAAUUAUGAAGCUUAAUGUUAAUAUUAAAAUUGCCCUAACGACUAUGAAAUUGUUAGUGGCGUUUGCUAAGAUAAAAAGAGAAAUCUGUAAGGUUCUUACUUAUUGUAGGCAUUGUAUAGCUUUACUUUUUCGAGCUUUGAGAUAGAUAAAAACGGAUUAAUUUACACAAAUUUUGUUAAUGUCAAUAAUUACUCAUCAAAGUACACUCGUUGUGGUAACUAUUAGCUUUUUGGAGGAUACUUUAGCUAUCGCAAUACAUCUUUAAUUGCUACUAAGUAAUAUACCACCACUUCUAAGUAUGUUAGAGUGUCAUUUAAAUGGAUUUUAAUAGAUUAUACUAACUCUACAAAUCCUAUAGGUUUAAAUAUUUCUGUAGUCGGAAGUACUUCUGGGACCUAGAGCAUAUAAAUAACUGGUAUAACACCUUCAUAAAUUUGUGGCCUUUCAGCUAAUGACUAUGUUGGAAAUUUUUAAUACGAUUUUUUGGUUUCUAAUGGUAAAGUUACUUUAAAUAUUCUAAACUAAAUGCCUGCUACAAUAAGUACUAAAGCGUCUGAUAAUGAUGGAGAUUUUAAUAAAUAUCAAUACUUUGGAAUCAGAGAGCUUUUUAUUUAUCAACUUAAUAUUUUUAUUCAAUAAAGCUCUUCAAAAAAUGUUUUCCCAAAUAAAAUACAAAUAAAUUAAUACUAUUAUCCAUUUACAAAUUUGCUUGCCUUUAAAGUUAUUGUAUAGCUUGUAGUUCUUUAUCAAAUGGUUGUACUUAGUGUUCUUAAGGCUAUUAUUUAUCAAAUUCUGCAUGCCUCCCUUGUUUAUCAGAUUGCCUUUCUUGUACAGAAGGAACAUAAUGUACAGUUUGCACUGGUGGAAGAACUUUAAACACUUCAAAUUAGUGUGUUUGUGCAAGUAAAUAAUACUGGAAUGGCUAAUAAUGUGUAGCCUGCUCAAACUAAAGUUGUAAUACAUGUAGUACAAGUGAUAGUACUAAAUGCUUAUCAUGCUUAUCAAACACUUUCUUAUACAAUAACUAGUGUUCAUCGUCAUGCCCUAGCUAAUAUUUCAAAAAUACUGUCUCUUUAACUUGCGAUUAAUGCAUUACAAAUUGCUAAACAUGUAUAAAUAAUACCUCUUGCAGCCAAUGUUUGCCUAACUAUUAUUUACAGCCAGGCUAAAACACUUGCUAAGCUACUUGUCCUUCUGGAUAUUAGUUAAAUACCUCAACUUGGAGCUGUAAAGCUUGUACAGUCUCAAAUUGUGUCUCAUGCUAAGCAGAUAUUAGCUAAUGUACAAAAUGUGCAACUAAUUAUAAUUUACAAAGCACAUAGUAAGGUACAUAAUGCUAAAUGA